AUGAUGUUUCCACAAAGCAGGCAUUCGGGCUCGUCGCACCUCCCCCAGCAACUCAAAUUCACUACUUCGGACUCCUGCGACCGCAUCAAAGAUGAGUUUCAACUGCUGCAGGCUCAGUACCACAGUCUGAAACUCGAAUGUGACAAGCUGGCCAGCGAGAAGUCAGAAAUGCAGCGUCAUUACGUGAUGUACUACGAGAUGUCCUAUGGCUUGAACAUCGAGAUGCACAAGCAGGCUGAAAUCGUCAAGAGGCUAAAUGGGAUAUGUGCCCAGGUCCUGCCCUACCUGUCCCAAGAGCACCAGCAGCAGGUCUUGGGAGCCAUCGAGAGGGCUAAGCAGGUUACUGCUCCUGAGCUGAACUCCAUCAUCCGACAGCAGCUCCAAGCCCACCAGCUGUCUCAGCUGCAGGCUCUGGCCCUGCCCCUGACCCCCCUGCCUGUGGGGCUGCAGCCCCCUUCUCUGCCGGCGGUCAGCGCGGGCACCGGCCUCCUCUCUCUGUCGGCGCUGGGCUCCCAGGCCCACCUCUCCAAGGAAGACAAAAACGGGCAUGACGGUGACACCCACCAGGAGGACGAUGGCGAGAAGUCGGAUUAG